CGCCAAAUCACACAUUCAACUAAAACCAUUGGCCUCUCUCUCUCUCUCUCUCUCUCUCUCUCUCUUUCUUGUAGUUUAUUGUCGUUCGCUUUUCAUUGUCUUUGUGCAUUUUGAUCUGAGAGUGAGAGAGAGAGAGAAUGGCGAUGUCAAGGGUAGUCACCGGAGUAUUGGCGCUGGUGGCAAUUGUUUUGGGGGUAGUUUGGCCGUCUGCGGAGGCGCAUUCCAUGGCCCCUGCACCUGCACCUGCUCCUGCCAGCGAUGGCACUACAAUUGACCAGGGGAUUGCUUGUGUGUUGAUGCUUGUGGCUCUAAUUCUCACAUACCUCAUUCACCCCCUGGAUGCCUCUUCUUCCUUCUUCUUCUGAGUUGUGUUUUUUUUUCAUAGGAGACUAAAAUUGAAAUAGGGGAGGAAGGGGGAAAUGGAAUCUGAAUUGGAUAAAAAUGCCUCCUCUUCUUAAUCAUGGGGCUUGAAGAAAUUAUUUCAGUGGUUACUCAAACUCUGUUCUUCUUCAGUCUUUUUGUUUGUGUUUUUUCUAGUCUAGAUAUUAUUUUGCUGCAACAAUUCUGUUUUUGCAGUUUUCUAUAAUCCAAUUUCAUUUGUUCUUCCUA